GGACCUACUCCAAUGCGUCUGCGCCGUGCGAUUGUUUCCCGGAAGUACAUCUAUGCACGUGUAGCAUUUGACAACCUUGAAAAGACUACAAAACAACAAGCUUGCAGCUUAUGUCUCAUAAUAAACCGUUCCAGUGAUGCCAGUAACAAGACUACUAUACCCUCUCUACCAGCUGGGCAACCCUCAGCUGAGGAUCUUCAGACCCAACUGGUUCCUGACUCUGGUGAGGCCGGGAAAAGAGCAGCCUCCUGACACUGUCCAGUUUCGCAUCCCAAUGGAAAUGACCAAAUGUGAUGUAAAGAACUACCUGGAGAAGAUCUAUAAUGUCCCUGUAGGAGCAGUUCGCACCAGGAUACAGUUUGGCUCCAACAAGAAGAGGAAUCACCUAAACCAGAAAGUUAAGCAGCCUGACUAUAAAGUAGCCUACGUUCAGCUGAGCCCUGAGGAACAGGCAGCUUUUGAAGGGGAGCUCUCAGAAUCACUCACACACACAUACAUACAGGCCCAGGGCCAGACGUUCACCUUCCCUAACAUCUUCCCCGAAAAAGACCGGACACCGUCGGAGGGCUCCAUGGAGGAGAUGCAGGAGAAGUUCAUGGAGGACGAGAAGCAGAGGCAGAAACUCGACCCCAGGAGAGGAGGGGUCACUGAGUGGUUCGGACUCUGAGACAGCCCACUGACCGGGAACUCUGUGCUUGUAUGUGUGCGUGGAUGUUUCAUUGGGAGCUACGUGUAUUGAUUUAAAACACGACUGUUGUGAUGUCACUUCUAUUUCUGUAAGAAACACUCACAACUGUGUAGUAAAGAAGAAUGAGCAUGUGUGUGGGAGACUGGAGACAUGUGUUUGGUGUGUGUGAGUGUCUGUGUGUGAGUGAGUUUGCGAGGCUUUGGUCCAGUAACCUGAGCCAGAACAGAAUCACAGGAGGAGGAGAGUGGCCCGGCUCCAUCUUUCAUGAAACCAACCCACCGUUCAGAAUCUCCAUCACCUCAGAUGACCUCCUCUUCUUCCUCCUCCCACUCUUCCUGUUCCACCUCCUUCUCUUUUUAUUCCUCCUCUUUGGUACCAGUACUUCUGCACCUCCCCUUUCUUUUGUCUCUCCUCUUUCCUCAGGAGUUUCUUUUCCUUCUCAUCUGUGUCCUCUGCUGUCCCUCUCCUACACUCCUCUUCUCUGCCACGCUGGGGAGUGGUAUAUCGUGGUAUCCCUAGUAGCCCUGACUCUCAGCCAGUUGGAUCAGACUACCUGGACAGCCCACAUCCUUUCCUCUUUUAUGACUUUGCCUUGGAUUAAUUGACCACUUUAGGUAAACAACAAUUGAGAUGUUUCAGCAAAGCAACAACAUGGAAUUUGCUGGAGUGUUUUAUUAUUUUGUGGUAGCACCUCUUGCCAUGACUCUGAGAGAAGAUUGUACCCUGUGUGUGUGUGUGUGUGUGUGUGUGUGUGUGUGUGUGUGUGUGUGUGUGUGUGUGUGUGUGUGUGUGUGUGUGUGUGUGUGUGUGUGUGUGUGUGUGUGUGUGUUUGCCUAGCAUGCAGGACUUGCCAGUGAAUCUGUCUAAUUGUAAGUACUGUUGGAAUAAGAACUAAUAAACGGUCACUUGUCCAAAAGUG